AUGCUGCAGUAACACGCACAGAUUUAAACAUGGUUCUUUUUCCACGAGCUCCAAAGCUUUGUGAGAUCCUGAUUUGGCAAUACUGUGGCCAGGGAGGAGCUGAACUUGAGCUUUCGGUUUCAUCCGGAACUUUGGGAGCGGCUUUCCAACGCCUAAUGGCAGAUCAAAAUAAAAUAAAAAUCAUAAAGGGGUGAAGGAGGCGCUGGACGGGAGAGAAGGUCUACAUCGCGGAAGGCUGCCUGCGCGCCAUUCUACUCCAACCUGAAAAUGUGGCCAACAUCUGUGACUCCCUCCAAACCCAUUGAGACAUUUGUUUUUAUGGACCUGGAAGCAACAGGCUUACCACCCUCGCAGCCUAAAAUUGCAGAAAUGUGCCUGUUUGCUGUGCCUAGACAUUCCUUGGAGAAUCCUCAAUACGGCAAUCCUUGCCCAAAACCUCUCUUACCACGUUUAGCAGAUAAGCUGUCCGUUUGCAUUAACCCAGACAAGCCAUUCACCCCGGCGGCAAGUUCCAUUACAGGACUGACAAAUGAAGCGUUUGCCAUGAACAGAAAGCAAACCUUUAACUUGCAUCUUUUGCACAUGAUUGCAGCCUUCUUAAGACGGCAGCACCCACCAAUCUGUUUGGUAGCACACAACGGCUAUGGUUAUGAUUUUCCUUUGCUGAAAGCUGAACUCUCUGCGCUGGGUCACUUAGCCCUUGACGAAAUCUAUUGUGCAGAUACUAUUAAAGCCAUGAAAGCCUUGGACAGCGAGAACAACCAGCUUCAGCAGUUUGCAUACCAACCUAGCGCACCUGGCAGCAGGAAAAAAUAUGCUCUUCGUGACUUGUAUUUUAAAUUCUACAGAGAAUAUCCUCCGAACAGUCACAAUGCAGAAGGAGAUGUCAUUGCGCUAAUAAACAUCUUUCAACAGCGUGCCAACGAUCUUAUGUGCUGGAUGGAUUCAAAUGCAAUGCCGUUUAAUUCCAUUAGAGCCAUGUACAAGGAAAAUAAGAGAUAUGCUUCCUUUUCAAAAACACCUGGGAACAUUCAACCACUCCACUCCAGUCACUUACAAAUGCAAUCACGGCAAAGGGUAGCAGCAGCUACUUCACGCUGGCCUUUUGCAGAAGAUGGUAAACCAGCAGAUAAUAAUUAUAUUCCACUAAACAAUAGAAGUACUGAUAAUUUUUUCAUAAUUCCUGAUGAAAUUAAGAGUGUUAAGGGUAUUUUGAUUCUGUUUCUUGGGCUAGUAGUCAUGUGGGUUGCAGUUAAAUACCCUGUUUAAUUUAAGAAAUAUACAUUGGAUUUUGUGUAUUGUAAGUUGCAAGCU